AUGGAUCUCAACCCAUUUCAAUUCCACACUCCCUUCGAUUACUGCGAGCUUGCGUCCUUCUGCUUUCAACGCGACGUCGACAGGCUCGUCAUGCCCAUCGCUUGGCUUCUCCCCAAACGCCAAGAGCCAAGAGUAGACUCUUCGCCAAGUCUUUCCACAAUCAAUUACUGGGCGAUGCGAUGCUUGCCCUUCUUCAAUCCUCAAACUGCAUCAACGCAGCCUUCGAGCAGCGCGACUGCGGUGGGCGAUGCAAAUCCAUUGAGCAGCACGAUGAGGUAUCUUGCUGCCACCAACCGCGUGGGCACCGCGGUAAAGCCGACGUUCGCAGGCUCGUCAUGGGUGCUUCAGAUGAAGGUGGGUCAACGACACCUAUUGCUCGACAGCUUGGGAACCAAGAAGGAGGCUUGUCUGGUUGUUACUUUGCCUCCUUGA